AUGGCUUUACUUUUCUCAAAGUCAAGAUCCACUGGAGGAAUCAAAAAACGUUUUGAUGAUGUAAAUAAGCAAGUUGAUACUAUGAAGAGUGUUGAUAACACUGAAGAAAAUAAUGAAAUCAAAAUAGAAGAACUUAGAGAAGAUAUUGAUCAAGUUAACAUAGAAAUUGAUCAAAUCACUCUUUUACAAGUUCUACAAAAAAUUCAUCCACAAAUUUUAUCGCACGUUCAAGAAAAAUUUAUCAAGUUAAUAAUAGAAUUAAUAAGAUUGAGAAUAGAAUUAAACAAUUUAACCCCAAGUUUUAUGGUAUAUUUGCCUUUUUUGUAA